AUGUGCGGGAUGGGAGAGGAGAGGUUGCCGAGGAUUGUAUGGGAGGCGAAGUGGGCAAACAAAAAGAGGGGUAGACAACCCACGGAAUGGGUCAAGGUUGUAGAGGACGUAUGGAAGGGGCUCGACAUCGACGAAGAUGAAACGCUGGAAACGGAGGGUCUACAGGGGUUCAAGGAGAAGAUAUCUGUUGCUUGUGCCGAGAGAGAAGAACAGAAUCUGAGGAAAGAAUCCAAGGAUAAGGAGGGUCUAGAAGUGUACGGAAUGUUGAAGGAAGGAAUAGGGUUCAAGGACUACCUACAUGGACCAAAGGAUGCAGAAGCAAUGCUUAAGGUCAAAUUCAGGACCGGGGACAUAGGCCUUCGAGAACGUC